AUGCCUAACUCAAGUGAACAGUCGUAUUUUGGUGGCUCUCUGAGCCAGCGUGGUCCUGAAUGGAGUGAAGGCCAGAACGAUAGGGCUGCAAGUCGCUGUCACUACUGCGGUAACAUUGCAGGGUGUAGAAAUUCUUCUGCACUGUGUGGGGAAGACGGAGACGUUUGGUUUCACGGUCACCUAGAUCUUGGGGAAAAACAGGAUCCAGUCCUCCACUCCUCUCUAUACAGACAGAUCCAGCAGGACCAGCAUGGGCAGCCACCACUGAAGAAAACCUCUGUACCUGACCUAAGCAGCAGUCUCUACCUCAAGGAGCUAAUGGCAGGCCGGGCCUCAGCACCACCUCAGGAUUAUUACCUCACUGACGCCACCUUAUCUGGUCAUCCACCUAAGGAGUCUGGGUUUUACAGGGAUAACCAGCACUUGCUCACCAGAUCAGCCUUGCAUUAUGGGCCCAGCGUUGGGGGGGUUAGGUCUUCCUGGGAUCAAGGACAAGCAAGAGCCACACCCUCUUUACUGGCCUCUGCUUCUACACCUACACCCGCGCCUCUUCCUCCUCCCCCUCCUCCCCCGCCUCCUCCGCCACCACCUCCCCCUCCGCUUCAUGAGCUGAGCCGUUUGUACAGGGAAACUCUGGGAUCUAAGAUGAUCCCAGACGUCCAGCGUAUUGGUGGCAGCUCUCCCGCUACUGCGAUCUUCGGGGCUCAGCCCCCGCUUCCUGUUUACGCUGCUGAACCGCUGUCUGCUCGUCAAACUUACAACAGUAUCAACAGCUUGCGCCUGGAUCCCCUUCAGCCAGCUGUCACCAGUUCAUUGGUGGAUCCAGCUUCUCAGGGAAUGGACGCAGCUUUCCCCAGGGCUUACGGAGCUGUAGCCUCCCAGAGGCUGCCUUAUGAUCCAAACUAUGACCCCAGCUCAGCCAUGGUGGCUGCCACAGCUGGAAUGGUCUCCACCUUGCCUCCUCACCAACCCAGUGCUGCAGACCCUAAGAAGAUGGUGGACCCUGCUUUCUUGGCUUUCUUAAGAGGGGAAGGCUUGGCUGAAAGCACAAUUACACUUCUGCUGCAACAUGGCUUUGAUUCCCUUUCCACACUGGGGAUGAUGGAGGACCAUGAUGUUAGAUCUGUGGCCCCUAAUUUGGCCCAGGCCCGUGUUCUGUCACGAGUGGUGCUCAGUUGCAAGACAGUUGGGACGGCAACACGUGCCCGAUCUAAUAGCUUCAGCCAUCGCAAUGACCUCUACGUGCAGCCCCAGGGUUUGACUAUGGACCCCAACCUGAUGCAGCAACCUCCCACCACUGUCCAGACAGUUUCCCCUAGAAUGGGAGAAUUUCUGGGUAGAAGACCGAGCAGCGCACCCUCCCAACAUCUUCUGGAAACCACCACCUACCCAGGAGCACGGCCGCUGGCACCUGCAGCUUUUCCAGUCAGCCCUGGAGGAUAUAGCAGUGCUGUGACUCAGGGAAGACCCUUCUCCAUGUAUAAUGCCCACACCGGUCUUGCCAUGUCUGCUCUCGGAAACCAGCCUCCACCUGCUCCAGGCACCCCUGGAGCUGCACCUAAAACCUUCUCUGGCUCCUAUUCCCCGAUGGAACUGAUGAAGAGAGCCCCCAACUUUCCCCCAGCAUCACCUUUAGGAGCAGCAAGCCCCCUUCACAGCCCACAACUUCUCCGCAAGGGGAUCAAUGCUGCUCCUGAGAGUACCAUAGUUCCCGUCAGCUCUGCCACCACUCUUCAAGCGCAAAACCUUAACAACAACAAGAUGGUGGGACGCCGCACCGGUCCACCUGUCAUAGUCUCAACCAUGGUCACUACGCCUGACACAAGUAUUCGGCCUCAAAUCAUGAACGGGCCCAUGCAUCCCCGCCCGUUGGUGGCCCUGCUGGACGGGCGUGAUUGCACCGUGGAGAUGCCCAUCCUUAAAGACUUAGCAACCGUUGCCUUCUGUGAUGCUCAGUCCACGCAGGAGAUCCACGAGAAGGUGCUUAAUGAGGCAGUGGGUGCCAUGAUGUACCACACCAUCACCCUGACCAGAGAGGACCUGGAAAAGUUCAAAGCUCUACGCAUCAUCAUCCGCAUCGGCAGCGGCUACGACAACAUUGACAUAAAGGCUGCUGGAGAGCUGGGCAUUGCCGUGUGCAACAUUCCCUCGGCAGCUGUGGAGGAGACGGCAGACUCGACCUUGUGCCACAUCCUCAACCUUUACCGGCGGAACACCUGGCUCUACCAGGCUCUGCGGGAGGGCACGCGAGUCCAGAGCGUGGAGCAAAUCCGGGAGGUGGCGUCCGGUGCCGCCCGCAUACGUGGCGAAACCCUGGGUCUCAUCGGUUUUGGUCGUUCGGGCCAGGCGGUUGCAGUGCGAGCCAAGGUUUUCGGCUUCAACGUCAUCUUCUACGACCCCUAUCUCCAGGACGGCCUGGAGCGCUCGCUGGGUGUCCAGCGCGUGUACACCCUGCAGGACCUGCUCUACCAGAGCGACUGCGUCUCCCUGCACUGCAACCUGAACGAACACAACCAUCACCUCAUCAACGACUUCACCAUCAAACAGAUGCGUCAGGGUGCAUUCUUGGUCAAUACUGCACGGGGAGGUCUGGUGGAUGAGAAAGCUCUGGCCCAGGCGUUAAAGGAGGGAAGGAUACGCGGAGCUGCCUUAGACGUCCAUGAGACCGAGCCCUUCAGUUUUGCUCAGGGCCCACUGAAAGAUGCUCCAAACCUGAUCUGCACGCCACACACAGCCUGGUACAGCGAGCAGGCCUCACUGGAAAUGAGGGAGGCCGCAGCUACCGAGAUCCGAAGAGCCAUCACCGGCCGUAUCCCUGACAGCCUACGAAACUGCGUCAACAAGGAGUUCUUUGUCACUACGGCACCGUGGGCGGUCAUGGAUCAGCCAGGCGUUCACCCUGAGCAUAAUGGCGCUGCCUACAGAUACCCGCCAGGUGUGGUUGGAGUGGCUCCGGGCGGCAUCCCAGGGGCUUUAGAGGGCAUGGUGCCUGGUGGGGUGCCCAUCGCCCACACCUUGCCCUCUGGUACACACCCCUCCCAGGCCCCAUCGCCCAACCAGCCCUCUAAACACGGCGACACUAGAGAGCACCUCACCGAGCAAUAGCAGCAGAAAGGAUACAUACGGCAGCAUCUCAUCCGGCCUGUUGACACUCAGAAACAACCAAUCAAAGCAACUGACCAACUGGGACCAAGAGACAGUGAAACGACACAAGCGGCUGCCUGCUAAAAAUCCAGCCAGCAACUGGGAACAAAAGAAGUGUUCCGGGAAAUUUGUACUUUUAACCCUUUUAGUUUUUACUCUCUGUCUCUUUGGGUUCAGUUACCGACUUUACUCUUUGAUGAUGAUGUAUUUUUGUCUUUCUUUGGGACAUGCCUAUGAUUGUGGACACAGAGUCCAGUGUUUUUAGUGCUCCGGGAUUACCCGAUGAGACUCUGUUCAGCUGCCCCCACUGUACCACCCACCUCAGAGCUCAUGGGAAAUGUAAGCCCACUUCUAAACACACCAACUGAACAAGAGAAAAAAAAAAAAAAAAGAAAAACCUUUGGCAUCAUACGUUACUGGAUCGUAUGACCCCUGACAGCGCUCCUAAUCUUCUCCGCCUCUUCUUCACCCAGCUCCAAUCCUCAUUAUGUAACAAGUGUGUGUUAUUUAGGCCCCCAAUUAUGCCUCAGAAGAGAAUUAUUAUUAAUAUUGUUUUUUUCUUUUUAUCAUCAGUGUGAAUGACUAAAAAAUGGAUUAUCAGCUUA